CAUGCUGACAUUUCCUUGCAGCAUACCUGUGGUUGGUUGGGUUUCCACUGAGGCCUGGCUUACAAACAAAAUAAAAGUCUGAGCUGGUUCCUCCUGCCUCUGGGAUCACGGCUGUUGAUCACAAGAGGAGUGAGGAGCCUGAGUCUCCGUCUGUUUACUGUAAUUAGGCUGUCACAGGUUGUGAUUUAUGACGUAUUGAGUAAGAGAGGUGUUGUCAUGUAGGCUAGGAGGAGUGAGACUGAGGGAGAGAAAGUGCCACAGGGUUUGUAGCUACUAACAAUAGAGAAAAUACGGUGCAUUAAAUGUUACUGGCUGGUGUCUGGAAGCAAAAGGCUUCAAGGCAAGGGAGGAGCUGCUGUCUGACAGUCUGCUCAGUGUUGGUGCAUAAAAUGAGUGGGCGUCAUGACAUGGGAUUGUGACCUUUUUGCAGCCAUACUUUGAUUCCAUCGCCCAGGGAUGUCUCGUCCUCCUCCAUCCCCCAUUUUCACCUUGAGGGGGGCCGGAGGGCCCCUCAACACCCUGCACUUCAGCUGCCGUGGAGGGGACACUCCUCUUCUGUUUUCUGGGUCAGGGAAGGGUGCUGUCCAUAUCUGGAAUCUGAACACCAGGAGGCCUGAGAAGAUUGUAGAAGGUCAUUCUGGUAGCUCGGUCAUCUGGGUCAGCACACUCCAGUCGACAGAUACCCUCAUCAGUCAGGGACGGGACAUGCAAGUCUGUUUGUGGGAUCUGAGUGAAGGUCGCAGUGAAGUGGUAGACUCCGUGUGGACCGGCAGUGUUGGAUUUUGUCAGUGCUCCCUGCUGGAGACGAGCCCCGGGACCUUCCUGCUGGCCUUUGCUGGACAACAGACAGAGGAGAUCAAGAUUAUUGAGCUGCCCUGUAAGAUCUCAGUCUGCACCCUGGUACCAGAUGCUAAGCUGGGGAUGGUGAUGUGCAUAAAACUGUGGCAGCCAGUUUCGGGUCCUGGACCUCUCCUGUUGGCUGGUUAUGAGGAUGGUUCUUUAUUGCUGUGGGACGUAAGCCAGAGGUCCAAGCUGAGCCAUGCCAAAGCCCACCCUGAACCUGUCAUGUGCCUGACCUGGGACACUGACCGUCUGAAGGGCGUAUCGGGCUCCUCUGAGAAGAAACUGGCCUCCUGGAUGAUGGACACACACAAGAACCUGCAGCUCCAGGACUGUGUGACGCUGGUCAACCCUGGGGUUUCCCAGCUGUGUAUCAGGGAGGAUGGUAAGCUUCUGGCGUCAGCAGGCUGGGACCACCGGGUGCGCGUGUUUGGCUGGAAGAAGCUGCGGCCACUGGCAGUGCUUCAGUACCACACUGACAUGGUGCUAAGUGUAGCUUUCUGUGACCACCAGGACCCUAGACAAAGACUGCUGGCUGCCGGAUCCAAGGACCAGAGGAUCAGCCUGUGGUCACUAUACAAUGAAGGGGCCAGCGCUGAGCCUCUGAGCUCUGGGAGGAUAUAGAUACUUCUAGCCAGUACUUUAACUGUCAUCUGUACUGAUGUAAUGUGCUAGUUUGCACCUCUCUUGUAUGACCAUUUCACUGAAGAUACAGAGCUAAAAAAAAAAAAAAGAAUACCCAGUGAUCUUUGAUAAACCCCGCAGAACAUUUAACACGGUUCCAAGUAUUUCCAGAAGAGCAAAGGCUCUUUUAACCAUCUGGGUGAACAAUAUUCCUUCCUGUGCACAAUAAAAAUGAUUUUAAUCCAUUUCCCAAGUUGCAGGAUGCCAGAGAUGGCAUACAUUAUUGUAUCCUUUGCACAGUUCAUGUUACUGUUUAGAUAGUGCUGUCAGUUUUGUUGGUAUAUAUUGUUUCUUUCCAAUAUUUUUAUACUAAAUGUGUUUUACAAAAGAACAAGUUGCAACUUGAGAAAUUAGUAAAAAAAUAAAAGGUUUUCAUCAGGUGGUGGAUAGAAUAUGAUUUUCAUUGAAAUGGUUGGGAAUCUUGGAGACUUUUUGAAAUACCUUCAUAGCAGCAAAUGAUAAACAGCUUACUGUUUUUUUUGUUUUUUGUUUUUUUGAAAAAUGGAUGCUCAAGGUGCACAAAUUAGGGUUUGUAGUCACCAGUCAGUAAGAGGCCUUAUCAGUGUGUUAUGAUUUAUUUGCUUCUAAGAGACAUACAGUGAGUAUGCGAUGACUGUGAAGAUGAAAGGUAAGUAUUAGUUCAGCACUUGUCAUUUUUGCAUUACAAAUCUAACCUGUCAGAGCUGUACAGACUUCGUUUUGCUAUCGGGUCAGUUGAAAUAAUGAAUGGGUUUUAAAUAGUUAAAUAGGCACUAGCUCACUUUUUCUGCCCGCUGUUUGCUGAAAGCCUGAUGUGAUGCUGUGUGCAGCUAUGUGAUUGUGUUGACUUAUCUGAUAGGAGAUUUGCUUCAGUGGACUUGUAUUUGAGGUAUACGACGCACCUGAGCAGCUGCGUAAUCCUAUGUUGUUAUUCCAGCAGGUCUUGGCUUAACACACAGGCCCUCCAGCCUGACCUGAGCUGUAUUUGUCAGACAAGGUUAAUCACAGCAGGGACAUGGAGAAUAAAGAGAGGUUGCUUUAGUAAAGGUGCUGAUCUGCAUUUGUUUUCCUUGGUCAUAGCAUAAUUUGUCUAUGAGCUGGUUUAUUUUUCUUACUUGGUGUAUCUUGAGAAAAAUUGAAAACGCCUACACCUAACAUCGAACUCAAGUAAAAAGUAAAUUGAAAUAUAUAACAGCCUUUAUAAUUGAAUAGUCAAUAGACUUUCAAUAACCUCUGAGUUUACCUCACAUGGAAUACAAAUAUAGAUGCCUCUUUAAGAAACUGACAUUUUUCAAGAAGGUGGUCAAGGUUGUAAAAGUCUCAUAGAAAACAGAGGUGGUGUUUUUAUUGCCCGCUGUCUCUCUGCGAGUCAGUGAGGAGCAUGGGAGCUCAUAGGCUAAGGCCCAGGCCUUCAUACACUCGACGUUUUGCUCCAUAGAGUCUUUUCGUCUCCUGGGAUGAGCCAAGUUGAGAAGCUCAUCAAGCUGUACAGGAAAGGCUUGAGAAAUCAAAGCGGCUGACUAACAUAAUGGCCACGACUCAUUAGCAAACAGAGGAAAGAUGAGGUCAUUUGCUAGACAAGCUGCCUUGCCGGCCGUGACACUGCUAUCAUGUGGAAAAGUGU